AAAUUGUUGUCAGAGCGGUUAUGUCACGAUUGCGUAAUGGUGGGUUGAACAGCUCUCAACAUAUUUUUGAUUUGGUUGGGACACUUCACCUUAAUAUAACAAAUUAAAGUAGUACAUUAUAAAACUGUAAAAUUGCCAGAUUUCGCACAGGACUGAAUCCCAUCUGUCGUCCUCAAAACAUAAAACAUAUGUUAGCAAUAGCUUAUUAAAUACAAAAUUAGCUAAAUUCAACUGGCUACAAUUCGCUGUCUGAAAUUCGUCCGGUGGGGUUUUGUGUUCUGACCUGAAGUAACCCUGCCUUCUUAUAACACUGAAUUCAGACAGUGAAUUGUACCCAGUUGAAUCUCAGGAGACUCAAAAUAUUGUUUCAAUUUUAAAGGUUUAAUUUUUUUCAAAUGGCGAAUUUGUUUGCAUUGGAAUGUUAAAUUGAAAUGCAGCUCUUGAAAAUGUGAUCACUUUGAAGUAAAUAUGAAUUUUACAACGGCAUUUUUAAAUUAAAAUUUUGGUGGCACAUAUCUACUUCCAUAUGGACGCAUCUUCAAAUGACAAAAGACCAACAAAGUGGUGGGCCCAGACCUCGGUGUCCCCAUUCUGCCUCGCGUGUUUUUGACAAAGUUGGCAAAAUAAAGAUGUUUCUGUUUUUAUGUUCACAUUCAAUAAGUAGCCAGAUGCUCCACAAAUAUAGAGACGCAAAUAUUUGCCUACAAGCCAUUAAAAAUUCCCUUUUCCCCUUUUAAUGUUCAGGUUUUUGUAUGUCACAAAUGUGGAAUUCAUAAUGUCCAUUUUGCUUCCUCCCGCAGAGUUCUGAUGGCUCAGAUCAGCGAGGACAUGUCCAAGGAUGAUGUGAGCAGUGUGAAGUUUCUUCUGGGUCACAUGCUACCACGAUUUCCUGGACUUGGUUGUCGAACUCGAGCACGUGGGGAAGGUUUCCCCAACAAGGGUGGACCUUUUGGAGGAAUGUUUAAUGGACGUCGGCAGGGUAGACCUGGCCAAAAAGCUCAAGGUGUACAAGAUGUCAGUCAAUGCGCCAGCAGUACGCGAGGAAGUGAUGCGCCACCCUUGCCAGGAGAGUCCAGUCGGUACACAUUAACCAGUGACCCCAGAGGGGAGUGCGUAAUCAUAGACUGCGUGGGGAAUGACGGAGAGAUGAUGGCGCACGCAUUUAAGUCACUGCACUUCAAUGUGACCCUGCAUAAAUGGCUAAACCUGAUCGAGACGGUCUCAACGCUCAGAAAAGUCUUCCAAAGGAGUCCGGACCGCAGUGGCGACGGCUUCGUCUGCUGCAUCAUCAGCCGGGUGAUGGACAAUCGCCUCCAGGCCACGGACAUGAACUGCGAAGGCCUCCGUCUGGAAGAUGUACGGCGCUUUUUCAACGGCGACGCCUGUCCGGCGCUGGUCGGCAAGCCAAAACUGUUCUUCAUCCAGAGCUACACUGUGUCGAAGUUCCAACCCUGCGCUGUGGAGAACCACUGCGAUGACUGCUGGGAGAUGGACGGUGGCGCCGGUCAGCUGAGACCCGAUUGUCUCCCGUCAGAUGCAGACGUCCUCUGGAGUCACUGCUCGACCGGAGAGCAUCAACUGCAGCGAGGCCGACACCGUUCCGUUUACCUCAAGGCUUUGACGGACGCCUUGGGCAGAAGCCAGGGAAGGAGCCGACAUCUGGUCGAUCUUCACAUGGAAGUGAACGGUGCAAUCUUUGAGCACAACAGCCGGCAUCGUGAGGAUCAAUACCACAUUGACCUGAAAAACACUUUGAGAAAAGACCUUUACUUAUAGUUGUCUGAUGACUUGCCUGUUUAGUAGUUGUCAGUAUUUGCACUUCAAUUCACUUACUAUACUACUGUAUUCAGAUAAGCUUUUUUACAUUGACGUAUCUUGUAUGU